AAAUUCAAAGCAGAUUGCAUUUUUAUUGCAUUCUGUGCAUAUUUCUGAUACAUUAACCGGGUGCAUUAUUCUCUCCCUUGCCCCUUCCAUUAAGAUGGCUGUUGAAUACUAUGAUUUUGGGCCUCACAAGAUCCACCACAGUUCAGUGUUCCAUACAACUGAUCUUUCUUUUGCCUUUGUCAACCUGCGUCCUUCUGUGCCAGGUCAUGUUCUUGUCUGUCCUAAGCGCGAAGUGAAGCGUGUUGCCGAUAUCACUGAUGAAGAGAAUAUAGAUUUAUGGUACAUAGCUAAGAAACUUGGUAGGCAGCUAGAGAGUUACCAUAAGGCCUCAUCACUUACAUUUUGUAUCCAAGAUGGACCUCAGGCAGGGCAAUCAGUGCCUCAUGUUCACAUCCAUAUCCUUCCCCGGAAAACUGGUGAUUAUGAGAACAAUGAUGACAUUUAUGAGGAUAUAAACGAAAAGGAGAAGGAGUUGAAUCAAGCACUUCAGGUGGAUAAAAAAAAGAGAGACAGGAGCAUUGAAGAAAUGGCUAUUGAGGCCGAUGAAUACAAGAAAUUUGCCUUUUGAUAUUUUUAGGUGGCACCGAAAACAAGAAAAGAAGAUUACAAACUGAAAAUCCAUAUAAAAAUGUUCUCAUCGAUGGAACAUAAUUUGAUGGUUCUGUGUUUCAUAAUAAACAUUUACGUUGUCUAAGGAGUUCGGAAAAAAUAACGUGUUUGAAGUUUUCCCUGUUGUUCUUUAGCCUAUUUGGACAAUUUCAUGUAUGCACUUCUCUGAGAUAAUCAAGAACUUGUCAAGCUUUGGCCAA